GAGGAGGGCAAGCAGGUGGACACACAACCUGGGAAAUGGUCGGUCAGCAAACACACCCAGAGCCACCCAACGGACUCCUAUGGGAUUCUCGAGUUCCAGGGUGGGGGCUACUGCAAUAAAGCCAUGUAUAUCCGCGUCUCCUACGACACCAAGCCAGAUGCCUUGCUCCAUCUCAUGGUGAAGGAUUGGCAGCUGGAACUCCCCAAGCUUUUGAUAUCGGUGCAUGGAGGCCUCCAGAGCUUUGAGAUGCAGCCCAAGCUGAAGCAGGUGUUUGGGAAAGGCCUGAUCAAGGCUGCCAUGACCACGGGGGCCUGGAUCUUCACCGGGGGUGUGAGCACUGGUGUCGUCAGCCAUGUGGGGGAUGCCUUGAAAGACCACUCCUCCAAGUCCAGAGGCCGGCUCUGUGCUAUAGGAAUUGCUCCAUGGGGCAUGGUUGAGAACAAGGAAGACCUGGUUGGCAAAGAUGUCACGAGAGUCUACCAGACCAUGUCCAACCCUCUGAGCAAGCUCUCCGUGCUCAACAAUUCCCACACUCACUUCAUCCUGGCUGACAACGGCACUCUGGGCAAGUAUGGUGCUGAGGUGAAGCUUCGAAGGCAACUGGAAAAGCAUAUCUCACUGCAGAAGAUCAACACAAGGCUGGGCCAGGGUGUGCCCGUCGUGGGCCUCGUGGUGGAAGGUGGUCCUAAUGUGGUUUCUGUCGUCCUGGAAUACCUCAGAGAAGACCCUCCUGUCCCCGUGGUGGUGUGCGACGGCAGUGGACGGGCCUCCGACAUUUUGUCCUUUGCACACAAAUACUGUGAAGAAGGAGGGGUCAUAAAUGAAUCCCUGAGGGACCAGCUCCUAGUCACCAUUCAGAAAACAUUUAAUUACAGCAAGUCACAAUCACAUCAGCUGUUUGCAAUUAUCAUGGAGUGCAUGAAGAAGAAAGAACUCGUCACUGUGUUUCGGAUGGGUUCUGAGGGUCAGCAAGAUGUGGAGAUGGCAAUUUUAACCGCCCUGCUGAAAGGAACCAACGCGUCGGCUCCAGAUCAGCUGAGCUUGGCACUGGCUUGGAACCGAGUGGACAUAGCACGAAGCCAGAUCUUCGUCUUUGGCCCACACUGGCCGCCACUGGGGAGCCUGGCCCCACCGGUGGACACCAAAGUCACAGAGAAGGAGAAGAAGCCGCUGACAGCCACCACCAAGGGGAGAGGGAAGGGAAAAGGCAAGAAGAAAGGCAAAGUGAAAGAGGAGGUGGAGGAGGAAACGGACCCCCGGAAGAUUGAGCUGCUAAACUGGGUGAAUGCCUUGGAACAAGCCAUGCUGGAUGCUCUUGUUUUAGAUCGGGUUGACUUUGUGAAGCUCUUGAUUGAAAACGGGGUGAACAUGCAACACUUCCUCACCAUCCCAAGGCUGGAGGAGCUUUACAACACUAGACUGGGCCCACCAAACACCCUUCAUCUGCUGGUAAGGGAUGUAAAGAAGGAUGAUGAACCUCCAGCCAAAGGGAAGAAGAAAAAGAAGAAGAAGAAAGAGGAAGAGAUUGACAUUGAUGUGGACGACCCGGCCGUGAGUCGAUUCCAGUACCCGUUCCACGAGCUCAUGGUGUGGGCCGUGCUCAUGAAGCGCCAAAAGAUGGCGGUCUUCCUGUGGCAGCGCGGGGAGGAGAGCAUGGCAAAGGCCUUGGUGGCCUGUAAGCUCUACAAGGCCAUGGCCCACGAGUCCUCCGAGAGCGAGCUGGUAGAUGACAUCUCUCAGGAUCUGGACAACAAUUCCAAAGAUUUUGGGCAGCUUGCCGUGGAGCUGUUAGACCAGUCUUACAAGCAUGACGAGCAGGUGGCCAUGAAACUUCUGACGUACGAGCUCAGAAACUGGAGCAACUCAACCUGCCUCAAGCUGGCUGUGGCAGCCAAGCACCGGGACUUCAUCGCUCACACGUGCAGCCAGAUGCUGCUCACUGACAUGUGGAUGGGAAGGCUUCGAAUGAGGAAGAACCCUGGCCUGAAGGUCAUCAUGGGGAUCCUUCUUCCACCCACCAUCCUGUUUUUGGAAUUCCGAACAUAUGAUGACUUCUCAUAUCAAACAUCUAAGGAGAAUGAGGACGGCAAAGAAAAAGAAGAGGAGAAUGUGGAUGCAAAUGCAGAUGCUGGCUCGAGGAAGGGGGAUGAGGAGAAUGAGCACAGAAAGCAGAGGAGCAUUCCCAUUGGAACAAAGAUCUGUGAAUUCUAUAACGCGCCCAUUGUCAAGUUCUGGUUUUACACAAUCUCCUACUUGGGCUACCUGCUGCUGUUUAACUAUGUUAUCCUGGUGCGGAUGGAUGGAUGGCCCUCCCCUCAAGAGUGGGUUGUCAUAUCCUACAUCGUGAGCCUGGCAUUAGAGAAAAUCCGAGAGGUGAUUAUCGAAAAGGCUGAUCCUGCCCCAUUAACUGCGGAGUUCAACUUCAGAUUUUACUAAUGCAGGGUUUUGUGCAGAUGAUGGCUGCCUAGGACCCUCCCUCUGAGGUAUCACCAUCCGGAGUCACUAUCUUCGCUUGUUUCAGAUGCACACACCUCCUCCCUCUGACUGACUUUGAACUCACAGUUCACAACA